AUGGAGCACGAUUCGCUGAUAGUCAAGGGAAACCGUUUGCUCUUUGACCGGCGGAAAAAAGAGAAGGAGGCAGGGGGAGACGGCGCUGGAGCCGUCAGGCUAGAUGACCUUUUCCAAUUCCUAGUGCCACUCAUUCACUACCUCGUCGGCCUCAUAUCCUGCGCCUACUAUCUGGUACUAUGGCUAUAUCAUCCCACAAUUAUUCUUAUUCUUUUCGGAAGCAAGCACGAGGACGAGCGGGUCCUCUUGAUGGAUCGUAUAAAAACAGACAAUUCAGGGAUUAUAUGAAUGAAGACCAUGAGGAGCAUGAGUAUGAUAUUCUUGCUGCACUGAUAUGUUGUUAGAUAGUGUAGUACAGACUUGUUCUGAUAUGUGCUCACCAGGAGGACAGUUGCUGAGGACAAAAUAAGGUGGGGCUCCUCAAUGUAGCAUGACAAUUUUUACGUGGUCGUGCCGAUACUUGUGGCGCUAGCGAGUCUCGACGUGUUUUUAUUUCUCUUCCUCGUCUAUACCUCCAACAAUCAUGGGUGCGAGAGAUGGGCACUUCACUCUUAGACCUUCGAUUUUCUAUUUCUUCCCUAUGCAUUCAAAUUUAUGCAUAACUACUUACUUGCUCUUGUUGUAGCACGAGUAGUGCAGGCAGCGACAACUCGUACUUGUGGCAAGAAUCCGCUCUAGCUACAAACAGCGUCGAUACUAUACUAGGAUCUUCUGAGGAUGAGCAGCGUGAGAAUAUUACUCUAUUCAUGUUAUCGAUGACAACUAGAACGAAGAAGACAAAGGUACUGCCGUUUAAGAACGCCUGUUCGUCGUUUUCAUUAUUGAAAAAAAGAAAAUCCAUCUUGUGGCUGUUGACGUUAUUCUGAAAAACUUUCUAGAAUAUAACCUACAUCCAUCGUCAACGCCAUCCCUCACUCCCUCACCAUGAUCAGCCACACUCUCCGUGAUCGGACUCAUGGGAGGAAAGUUUCUGGGGGUCGUGUUGUACUCGUAUAACGUGGUGUUUAUUUACAACUACGGAUACAGGCGCCUCCGGGUCUUCACCAACGUCAUGCCAAGGCUAGUUUAUCAGUCGCCAUUACCCCGUACUUGUUGCUGCAGUAAUAUCAUUUGGCCCACCUCGGAGUACUUCUAUAUCUACAUUAUCUGUAUGAUGUACUAGACUGAUGCAAGUAGUAGUACGCUGCUCCGUGGCUGCCCCCUUGAACUUGAUCUACAGGAAGGACUUUCAAGGGGAACAUAAAGAGCAAGCUACUCACCACUUUUGAUACAUAUUAAAACAAGACAACUACUUAGUACUGAAUCAGAAGAGAUUGAAACUGGUAUUAAAUGGUGAAACGGGUGGUUGAUGAGUCCUGCCUGAUUGGCCUCGAGCAAACGUCAGGGUGGAGGAGCAAUGAAUGAAUAGUUAGAGGCCUACUAGCUCUAACAAUAGGAAGCCAGCCUGUGGAGCAAUUUGCUGACGCUGGAAUGCUGGGCUUCGCUUUUUCCACGUCCGUAGACACAUCGAGGGCGGUCGGGUAAUAACCCAUGUUUGAAGUUGAACCGCUUCUGACGACAUGGCUGAAGAUCAUUACGUCCUUGGUACAAGUGCAGCUUUAUAGACAGAUAGUACAACAAGAACAGUAUGAAUAUUAAUAACAAAGUCAAAGAACAAGAUCAUUACGUCCUCGGUAGAAGUACUCUAUCGGCAGCUACUGAGGUCUUCUAUUCCUCCAGAUACAAAUCCUUUGAAGAAGGAGGACGCAUGUACUGUGUAGCUCCGAUAAUCGACAAGCAACAGGGCUUGUCAAGUCCAGUCAAGAAAUAACGAUACCAAUACAAUCAUGGAGCAGAACAAUCAUGUUGUCUGAAGUGUGAAGCACGGUAGUUUCAUGUGCCUUAUCUGUUGCCAGCUAAAUGUACAUCAUUAAUCCACUUCUAUCGUGGGAGCAGAUUGUGACUUACACUACAGAGAUUCGAGAUUUGAUUUUUCAUUUUGCCUGUAGACCGAGCAGACUUCUUGAGAUGGCACUUCUAGACGGAAAUCGGAAGACUCAUAUUCACAUUGUCGAUCGUGAAAAACUUCUUUCUUGUUUUUUCCAGCACAUUCCAAUCGAUCGCGAUGGCAAGAACGGCUGUGAGCGAAGUGCAGGCGUUUAACAAAAGUCGCCAACACCAACAGGAGAAACUGAGAGGACGCAAAUCGUAGGACGCGACUACAUAGCAAUGCAGAG